UAUAUAUAACACUUUGGCGUAGACACUUGGGCAUUAUUGACACGGCUCUUCUUCGUUCAACUCUCUUCACCUCAAAACUUCGAAAUGACCAUCGAUUUCUACUACGCUUCGUGGAGUCCACCGUGCAGGACAGUGGAAUUGGUGGCCCAUAUUUUGAACGUCAAACUUAAUCCGAUUGUGACGACACCGAGCAAAGGAGACACGCAAAAACCAGAAUACAAACAAUUGAACCCUCAGCAUACGAUUCCGACCAUCGUGGACAACGGUUUUGUUUUGAGUGAAAGCCGAGCGAUCUGCAAGUACCUUGUCGAAAAAUACGGUUUAGCUACUGGGGCGUAUUCCAAAGAGCAGCUCUACCCAAAAGACUUACAAAAAAGAGCGACAAUUGAUCACCGCAUUGAUUUCGAUUUGGGAUCUCUGUACAGAAGAGCAUCCGAUUAUUUCAGUCCAGUGUUCAUGACCGGACAGUUUGGAACUGCUGCCUUACCGAAAUUGAAAGCCGCCUUGGAAAUACUCGAUGCGUAUUUGGCAAAAACUAAGUGGGUAGCCGGACCCGAAGUAACCCUCGCCGAUAUCGUCGUAGUGGUCACUAUAUCAAGUUUGGAGAUUGUGGGCUACGAACUGACCAGCUACCCUAACAUAUUGAGAUGGUUUAAGGCUGCACAGACAACGUUACCCGGAUACAACGAAGCCAACCACAAAGGAACGAUAGAAUUUAAAGACUAUCUGUUUUCGAAAUUGAAAAAUAACUAAAAAUCCAUUUCAAUAUUGAACCAUUUAUUUACACAGUUUGUUUAAUAUGACAGCGUAUUAAUUAAUAAUCAUAAUUGUUUUAAUAGUAUGCAGAUUCUAAGAAUAUUCAUAUUUUUAUGGCGAUAUUUUCACUGUCGAUGACUUGUACACCCGUAAUAGGAAAAUAAAAUAAAAUAAUUAUUAUACUUUA